CCGAGUGAACGGCUGUCUGCGGGCCGAGUCUCCGCUGCUAGUCGGUCAGUCGUUUUCUGCUCCAAGGCGGGCAUCGUCUCUUUUUGUUUAUCUCACUUCCGUGUUUGCCGCAUCCUCCAGAAACAUUUUAUCUCCGAUCAGUCGUACAAGAUACCAGGUGUUAUCCUGAGAUGGCCAUGGUCAAGAGUGGCUGGCUCCAUCGACAAAGUACCAUACUGCGUCGGUGGAAAAGGAACUGGUUUGACUUGUGGGCAGAUGGAAGACUGGUGUUCUACAAUGAUCAACAACGACGUGACAUGGAGGAUGAUAUCCAUAUGAGAGUCAACUGCAUCAACAUCCGCAGCUCUGCUGCAUGUCACGAUCUGAAUCCACCAGAAGGAAAAACGCGUGAAGCCUUGCUCCAGAUAGUGUGCAGAGAUGGACGGGUCAUCAGCCUGUGUGCAGACAGUGCAGAUGAUGCUUUGGCUUGGACUAUGGCGCUUCAGGAUGCCAGAAUCAACGCGGUGGUCGCUACUCCUCAGAUCGGCUUUGCACAGGAAGUGAUGGCGUCUGCUCCUCCACCUUACUCAGAAUAUGCUCCUCCAAUGGCUUACGCACCGGGGCCUUAUGGGAACUAUGGUGCGUCUCCCCCACAUGCCACACAGAUUGUGUACUCUGCAGAUGGGCAGCCCUACGCUGUGGCUUACCCUUACCAGUACCAGGGAGGAUAUGCUGAACCUGGCGUGAACCACGUGGUAAUACAGGAGCGCCGGCGUGACGAUGGAGGAGAUGUGGCUUUGGGAAUGCUCGCUGGAGCAGCAACUGGUUUGGCACUGGGCUCGCUCUUCUCCGUCUUCUAGGGCCGUGACUAAUAUACGUUUAUCAGCACACAUUUCUCCCGUAAUCGCAGUAUAUGGCUUCCUCUCUGUGCCAUCACAUGCUGGGCUACAUCUUAAAAGCAUAAUUGUGAUGCACAGGGAAUUACUCACUGUGUACUAUAUAUCUUAGUAUGUACCUUUAGCACUUUCUCAUAUACUCCGUGUUGCCGUUUUUCCAAACUCCCUCUAUGUUGCCUGAAGACGAAUGUUCCUAAUCCCUCUAAAAAAUCAACUACUACUCAGUUAAAAGAGUUGCUAAAAUGACAGCAAAGAAGCUACUCUAUUCAUGCACACUUCAGGACCUCUCAGACGAGUUUGUCUGAUGAAUUACUGUUAUUGAUUUUGUUUGCAAUAUUUAAAAUCAAUAAUUUUUUUUUCAAACUAAUGUCAACAUAAUUCAUUUUGAAUUCUUUGUUCUGUACUUUAUUUCUUUGAUAUUAUUUGUUGUGGUUGUGAUUAUGCAGUGUUUCAUUAGCUCCUGAGAUUAUUUAUGAAGGAGACGGACUGAGAGGUGGCUAAAGAAGUGUACACUCUAAAAAUUAUUUAUCAAAUGUGGUUUGGAUGAUAUUGUUUUUACCAGAAAUAAGUCAAACUGCUCAGAAAUGCUAGCAUAAGUAAAAA